UCUUUGUUACUUUCUCUUUCUUCUUCUUCUUCUUCUUCUCUCCUUCUUCUCCUUCUUUUAUUUAUUUUAUAAUAUUCUAUGGUUUUUUGUGCUGGGAAGAGCAGGACUGUUGUGAGGAUAUGUGGGAUAUAUUUUAAAUAAUCCCAUAAUUGGUAUGGCGGCGUUGCAGUUGUGCAAUCUAGUUUUAGCUCUCUUGAGGUUGAGGAGAUGUGAAAUGGCUCUCAAAUCUUUCAAAACUCAAUACUAAGACAGCAAGGAAGAGGAUGAUGAUGAUGAUGAGGUGCCAAGAUUGUGGGAACCAAGCGAAGAAGGAUUGUGUGUACAUGAGGUGCAGGACUUGCUGCAAGAAUAAAGGGUUUCAGUGUGAAACGCACGUGAAGAGCACAUGGGUUCCUUUGUAUAGGAGGUGCCAGAGGCAGCUACAUCAGCAACAUCAGCAACAGCUUGCAUCUGUUCUUCCACAGCACCUUCAAGGACAUCAUAACCCUAAAAAAAGGCUCAGACAAAUCCCCUCUUCAGGGUCAAAAGAUCAGGGAAAUCUUCCAGCUGAAGUGCGCACCAUGGCGGCAUUCUGCUGCAUUAGAGUGAGUUCAAUGGGGGAUGAAGUUGAUGAAUAUGCAUAUCAGACAAGUGUGAAGAUUGGAGGGCAUGUAUUUAGAGGAAUUCUGUACGAUCAAGGCCCUGAGAGUCGUGACAAUCCAGGUGAAGGCUCUUCUCUUGCACUUGAGCAGCCAAAUCAUGGCAAUGCUGCUGCCCUAGCCCCUUCAGCUUCAACUUCAGCUAACGCACAACCAUUGAUUCUUCCUUCUCCAUCUUCUCUCUUUCACUUUAAUGCUUUCAUGCCCGGUACGCAAUUUCUUCCACGCCCAAAAUCUUAGAUCAAAGAGAAAACUGUAAGGAAAUACUGUAGAUAGCUCUUCCUUUUCUAGCUAGCUACCCAAUAAUUAUCAUGAUUUUGAGAAACAAAUUAAGUGGAGGAGGGGGAUGAAAUAUAGUCAUUCAUGAUCCCCUUAAUUAAUUCCCUCCUCGAUCUCUUGUUCUAUAUAUAGAAAUAAAUAGAAAGGAAAGCAAGGGAGCUUAAUCUUGA